AUGGGGUGGACCGUGUUUCGCUAUCUGGCGGACAUAUCCCACCUAGCUUCGAUAUGUAUCCUGAUCUGGGCAAUCCACCGUAACAAAAGUGCUGAGGGCGUUUCGCUCCUCACCCAGGGUCUCUAUGGGCUCGUGUUCGUGGCUCGAUACCUGGAUAUACUCAAACCAUCGUCAUGGGCUUUUGGGUAUGGAGCGUCACUGUGGAAUAUCCUCUUUAAGCUCUUUUACCUAAGCUCCUCUUUCUACCUUGUGUUUAUCAUGAUGAAGGUCUUUCCUCGAACACGAGAAACAGAGCGAGCAUGGAAGCUUGGAAUUUACUCAGUGGCUGGAUCGCUGGUGCUGGCGCCGAUUGCGAUUGCUGUACUGGAGGGGGGUUUCCCAACGACUUGGUUCCUUGAGCUCUGCUGGUCUUUCUCUAUCAUUCUCGAAUCGGUUUGCGUACUGCCACAAUUACUACUCUUGCGCCAAACCACCGUUCCAACCGUGAUUGAUUCCUACUACCUCGCUGCUUUGGGGUCUUACCGGGCAUUCUACAUUGUGAACUGGCUUGUCCGUGGUUUCAGCAAUCCGCCGAGCUGGGAUCCGAUUGCGCUUGUUUUCGGACUUGUACAGACUGCUUUCUAUGUCGACUUUGCGUGGGUUUAUUACUCGCGCCAGCGAGUGAAGCUUCGCAACGGCGGAGUGGUUGAUUCGGAGGACCUUCGCAAGAGUUGGCUGGUGAACCGUGUUCUCAACCUUCGAGGAGUGCGCGGCUCUAGCGAUGAGGAGCAGGGUCUCCGAGAGGAUGCGGAGGGGGAUGAAAAUCGAGCCAGUAACAACCGGUGGGGCGCCCGUGGUGUCUCCAUUGCUGCGGAUGACACGCUUGAUCAUCACCAGGCGCAUGGGGAUAUUCAAGACCCUGACGAUUUCGCGGGAGUUUUGGGGGACGAGGGUUCCGACGAGGAUGACCAUGAUCUUUCUAGUCCGCGUCACCAAACCACCGCAUGA